AUGAAGGGCCUCCUCACGCUGGCAUGGUUCCUGGCUUGUGCUGUGCCUGCCGUGCCAGGGAGCUUGUUAGACCUGAAGUCCAUGAUCGAGAAGGUGACUGGGAAGAACGCCCUGACCAACUACGGCUUCUACGGCUGCUACUGUGGCUGGGGCGGCCGAGGCACCCCCAUGGAUGGCACUGAUUGGUGCUGCUGGGUGCAUGACAAGUGCUAUGGGCGGCUGGAGGAGAGAGCCUGCAACAUCCGGACGCAGUCCUACAAGUACCGCUUUGCCCGGGGCCUGGUCACCUGCGAGCUGGGGUCCUUGUGCCAGAUGCUACUGUGCACCUGCGACCGCAAGUUCGUCUACUGCCUGAAGAGAAACCUCUGGAGCUACAACCCUCACUACCGCUACUUCCCCAACUUCUUUUGCACCUAG